AUGGUAGAUAGAUAUUUUUAUGAUUUACCAAAUAUAUUCAAUGAAUAUCAACUGACAGAAAUCAGAAAAGUGAAGCUUGCCAGAAUAUUUUGUGAUAACAGCAAUAAUGUCACAAUGAUGCAGAAAAAAGUAUUUUUGAUACCUGAAAUGGCUGAUUUGCAACUAAGUAAUUCCCAAUUAAUUCCAAAAAUCAACAUAAAUCACUUUUCAGAAAUGGUUGAUACAUUUUAA